AUGGUUACAUCUUGGAUUCUGAACGUGUUAUUAAGUGAUAUCGCCGAAUCUGUUCUAUACUCUUCAACAACUAACGAAAUCUGGAAGGAUUUAGAUGAUAGAUUUGCUCAAUCAAAUGGAGCCAAACUCUAUCAUUUUCAAAAGUCUAUUUCCGAAUUAUCACAGGGAUCGGAUGAUCUAGCAACUUAUUUUACCACACUUAAGAAACUUUGGGAUGAAUUAAAUUCCUUAUCGUCAAUUCCUACUUGUACUUGCGGAUCUGCUCAACAAGUUCAAGGGAAUCAACAAAAUCAAAAGCUGAUCAAGUUCCUCAUUGGAUUAAAUGGUGAAUAUGGUGUUGUUAGAGGAAGUAUUCUCAUGAUGAAACCUCUUCCAACUGUUGCACAAGAUUAUGCUCUCUUAAUUCAAGAUGAAAAACAAAGAGAGGUACACUCAUAUUCCAACUUCUUUCCUGAAUCUGCUGCUAUGAACAUUAAGGCUGGUACAUCUCAUGUCAAGAACAAUUAUGAAGGGAAAGAUUAUAAAAGAAGUAUCACAUGCAAUUUUUGUAAGAAUCCUGGUCACACAACCAAUAAAUGCUACCGUCUUAUUGGUUUUCCAAAGGAUUUUAAAUUCACAAAAGGAAAAGGAAUUGCUGCUAAUGCCAUUUUCCAUAAUGAUAAUGAAGAACACCAUGCUCAACAAUGA